AGUGUUGUGACCAUCAUUUCCAGAAAAUACCCAAAAAGUUUUUUGAGGUACACAAUAAACUGUUAGUGUUUGCCGCCUUCAACAUACCUGCUUACGACUUCCACCAGAAAACCUCAAAAUUCCAAACAAUGCUUUCCUCUUGACGUCCAUAUCCAAUCUCCCAUGGCCUCCUCCUCCUCUUCCGUGACCAGAACCCCAACCCUUGAUUCCACCCACCUCUUCCUCGCCGCCCUCGCCGCCUUCUCCCACCAACCCAACCCUCCCCAUCCCUCUUUCCCUCCAAUUCCCUCCACAUUCCCUCACUCCAAACUCAUCCCCAAAACCCGUUUCGCCGUCGACGCAUUCCGCCACGCCGGCGAUCACUCCGUCUCCUACUUCCUCUCCCAUUUCCACUCCGAUCACUACGGCGGCCUCUCCCCCAAUUGGGCUAAAGGCGUCGUCUUUUGUUCUCCGAUCACCGCCCGUCUUCUCACUGAGGUGCUCAAGGUCUCUCCUCAUUUCGUUGUCGCUCUGCCGCUGGGCGAAGCCGUUGUAAUCGAUGGGGUGAAGGUUGUGCUGAUUGACGCUAAUCACUGUCCGGGUGCGGUUCAGUUCUUGUUUAAAAUUCCGGAUAUGAACGGAAAGUUUGAGAGGUAUGUUCAUACUGGCGAUUUUAGGUUUUCGGGUUCAAUGAAGUUAGACCCUUUUCUGUGUGAAUUUGUGGGUUCCGAUGCUGUUUUCUUGGACACUACGUAUUGUAAUCCGAAAUUUGUGUUUCCUUCACAACAAGAGUCUGUAGAUUAUAUUGCUAGUGUGAUAGAACGAGUUGGGGGUGAAUGUAAAAGUGAAAUGAAAAAUGUUUUGUUUCUUGUAGCUACUUAUGUAAUUGGAAAAGAGAAGAUUUUGCUUGAAAUUGCGCAUAGGUGUAAUCGUAAGGUGCAUGUGGAUGCUCGUAAAAUGGCAGUUUUUCGUGUUUUGGGUUAUGGAGAGAAUGGGGUAUUUACAGAGGAUGAAUGUGAAAGUGAUGUACAUGUUGUUGGGUGGAAUGUCUUGGGUGAGACUUGGCCAUAUUUUAAGCCUAAUUUUGUGAAAAUGAAGGAGAUUAUGGCCGAAAGAGGAUACUCUAAGGUUGUGGGUUUUGUUCCUACUGGUUGGACUUAUGAAGUGAAACGUAAUAAGUUUUCGGUUAGGUCGAAGGAUUCGUUUGAGAUCCAUCUUGUACCAUAUAGUGAACAUUCAAACUAUGAAGAACUUAGAGAAUAUGUGAGGUUUUUGAAACCAAAGCGUGUUGUUCCUACAGUGGGCUUGGAUGUUGAAAAGCUUGAUAGUAAGCACGCCAGUAAAAUGCAAAAGCAUUUUGCUGGGUUAGUUGAUGAAAUGGCAAACAAGAAGGAGUUCUUGAAGAGCUUUCGUCUUGGGUCUAAAGAAGUAGCUGACAGUGUAGAAAAUGAGUCCAACAAGGGCCCCAUUUUGGGGCUCGGUGAGGAGAAAGAGGCACUGUCAUAUGAUAAGGAUAUAGUAGGAAAUAGUAUUAUCAGUUUAGGCAUUGAAUUAUCAUCUUCUCUACAAGAACCUGAUCGACAAAAUCAAGUGGUGUUAAAUGAUGAGGAAGCAGAAAAAAUCGUCCAAGAACUUCGUGAUUGUUUGCCCACAUGGGUCACCCAUGAGCAGAUGCUAGUUUUGAUUGGUAGCACGGGAGGGGACAUCGUUGAAGCAGUUUCUAAUUUCUACGAACGCGAGACAGAAUUUCAUGAGCAAGUAAAUGCUUCUAGAAUUGCUGAUUCUGUGUCCCAGACUACCUCAACUUGUGACUCUGCAUCACUUCCAAAAGCAGGCUCUGAUAAGAGCAGUCCAUGUGGAAGUACUGACAUUCCUUUAAGUCAAGAUUAUAUCUCACUUAUGCCAAGGAAUAUGAUUAAAAGUGGAAUAUCUCCUGGGAAAAGGGCGAGUAAAGUUAACAAUAAGGUAAACAAAAAGUUGAAAUUAAAUUCAAAAUUGGAUUCAGGCGGGCCGAAGCAACUGGCAAUAACAAGGUUUUUUAGUAAAGUCUUACCAAAUGUUCCAGAAACUGCGGUGGCUGGUUCAUUGCAUGAACAAAACCCUAAAUAUGAAAAUUUGCUCAACGAUGACACCAAAUCAUACAGGGAUGAGAUACAUCAGUUUCUUCAGAUAAUAGAUGGUGAUGAAUCGCUAGAGAGCUAUGCUGCCACCAUUCUGGAGGAGGCAAAUGGAGAUAUCAAUAAAGCGCUAAAUAUAUAUUACUCUAAUCGUGAAGGAAGGUCCGGUGAGAAUGAAGAAGAAUUGGUGGUUAAUGAAAAAUCAGUUUCAUUACCAGUGAAUGUAAAUAUAACUUUUGUGUCUCUACCACCAGAAAAAUACAAUCCUAUAGAACAUGCUUGCUGGAGGAAUGGACAGAAUGCUCCAUAUUUACAUCUUGCAAGAACUUUUGACUUACUUGAGGAUGAAAAGGGCAAGAUAAAAGCUACUUCCAUGCUCUGCAACAUGUUCAGAAGUUUGCUUGCCUUGUCUCCUGAUGACGUGCUGCCUUCAGUGUAUUUGUGCACAAAUAAGAUCGCUGCUGACCAUGAAAAUGUGGAGCUAAACAUCGGUGGAAGUUUGGUCACAUCAGCACUGGAAGAAGCAUGUGGGACAAGCCGAUCCAAAAUAAGGGAGAUGUACAGUGAGCUGGGUGAUCUAGGUGAUGUUGCUCAAGCAUGCCGGCAGACACAAAAGUUACUUGCCCCUCCUUCACCGUUGUUAAUAAAGGAUGUAUUUUCUGCACUCCAAAAGAUAAGUGUACAAACAGGUAGUGGAAGCACCGUUCGAAAGAAAAGCCUCAUUUUGAAUCUAAUGCGCUCUUGUAGAGAGAAAGAGAUGAAGUUUCUUGUUAGAACUUUGGUCAGGAAUUUACGAAUUGGAGCAAUGAUGAAAACUGUUCUACCUGCUCUGGCUCAAGCUGUUGUCAUUAACUCCUCGUAUAACUUCAAUAAUGAAGGAAGAGUAGAAAAUAUGAAAGAUAAGCUUCAGCGUCAUUCAGCUGCUGUAGUCGAAGCGUACAAUGUUCUGCCCAAUUUGGAUUUGGUCGUUCCUUCCCUCAUGGACAAGGGCGUUGGAUUUUCUUCGUCAACCUUGGCAAUGGUUCCAGGAAUACCUAUUAAGCCAAUGCUUGCAAAGAUCACGAAUGGUGUUCAGCAAGCACUGAAGCUCUUUGAAAAUAAAGCUUUUACAUGUGAAUACAAAUAUGAUGGUCAGCGUGCCCAAAUUCACAAAUUGGUUGAUGGGUCUCUGCGCGUUUUUUCACGAAAUGGGGACGAGUCAACAUCAAGAUUUCCAGAUCUGAUUAACAUAGUUAAUGCAUCUUGUAAGCCUGAUGCAGAAACUUUUAUACUAGAUGCGGAGGUAGUUGCAGUCGAUAGGAAUAAUGGUCACAAGCUAAUGUCUUUUCAAGAAUUGUCGUCACGUGGGAGAGGGGGCAGAGAUACAUCAAUUACAUUGGAUAGCAUAAAGGUCGACAUCUGCGUAUUUGUCUUUGAUAUCAUGUUUGCCAAUGGAAAGCAGUUGCUGGGCUUUCCUCUGCGGCAAAGGCGAACAUAUUUGAAAGAUAUGUUUGUUGAGAAGCCGGGUUAUUUCGAAUAUGCCAAGGAAAUUACAGUUGAAGCAGAUGAUGCUUGUUUAACCAGUGAAGCCACGUUAGCAAAGAUCAGCUGCUUUCUUGAAAAUUCAUUCCAAUCCUCAUGCGAAGGGAUUAUGGUUAAAUCUUUAGAUGUUGAUGCUGGAUAUUCUCCAUCAAAGCGUACAGACACAUGGCUAAAGGUCAAGCGAGACUACAUGGAGGGAUUGAACGACUCUCUUGAUUUAGUCCCAAUUGGAGCUUGGCAUGGAAACGGGAGAAAGGCAGGCUGGUACAGUCCAUUUCUCAUGGCAUGUUAUAACCCUGAGACUGAAGAUUUCCAAAGCGUCUGCCGUGUCAUGUCUGGGUUUUCCGACUCAUUUUACAUUGAGAUGAAAGGUUUCUUUUCGGGAGCCAAGAUCUUGUCCAGAAAACCACCUUAUUAUAAAACCUCUGAGAUGCCUGAUAUGUGGUUUUCUCCGGAACUUGUGUGGGAAAUAAGAGGUGCAGACUUUACAGUGUCUCCUGUUCACCAGGCUGCUGUAGGUUUAGUGCAUCCAUCACGCGGCAUUUCAAUCAGAUUCCCAAGGUACAUUCGCACUGUGGCAGAUAGAAAACCAGAUGAAUGUAGCACAGCUGAAGAUAUAGCUGCAAUGUUUCGUUCUCAGACAAGGAAGAUGGACGUGGCAGCUGAAAAUUGAGAAUUUUCUUUGAUUUGGUGCGUGAACUGCUUUCAGUCCAAAGUUUUGUAAUGUUCGUACAAAUAGCAUGGUUAGAAAUAUGUUUUGAAUGUAUAGCUUGAAAAGGUUGGGGCUUAAACAGUCAUCCCCUUUGCUUCUUAUCUUUGUUACCUUGUAAAGAUUCAUAGGGAUCUCCACUUCAGCUUUAAAUUAGUUCUCCAAAGGUUUACAAUCUUUUUAUAUUCGGUGCACGAACUUUGAUGUCAAUUGGUACAGUGGAUAA